AUGGUGGCCAGCCAACAGCUGGCCAUGGGCAACGGUUCAAUCAAAGCCCCACGGCCAGAGGACAGAUGCCUGGCCUCCAGCCUCAAGGUGGAGCCUCAGGGCAGCCCAGUGUGGGACACGGAGCCCCUGAGGCUCAGGAUAGCCCACCUGGAAGAGGAGCUGGCCCAGAGGGACCAGGAGUUUAAAGCCCAGGAGCUGCAGCUGCAAAGCCUGCAGAGAGAGCUGGAGGCUAAAGUCUCCCAUAUAGAAAAGCUCCAGGAUGCCAUCGGCUACAACAGCCUGGGCCGCUCCGCUCCGGCUCCCAACUACCCCAGCCACCGCAUGCUCAGUGUCAUCAACCAGGGUCCCACCCGCUUCCACAGGGUGGCCGUGGAGGUCCACUGCAGGCUCAAGGCCAAGGAGGGCGUGUCGGCUGAGCCCACCUCAGGGCACUUCUGCGGGGGUUUCAGAGCCCAACAUGUGUCCAUAGAGAGGGCUCGUGUCCGCAAGGACUCCAGCACCAAGAAGCUAAUCAAUGACGCCAUCAUGAACAAUGACUUCCUGAAGAAGCUGGAUCCGCAGCACCUGAGGGAGAUGGUGGACUGCAUGUAUGAGAGGAUCUACACUGAUGGCCAACUGGUCAUCCACGAGGGAGAACCAGGGAACUACCUCUAUGUGCUGGCAGAUGGCCUGCUAAAGGUCACGCAGAAUGGCAAAUUGCUUGGAGAGAUGCGUCCCAGGACUGCCUUUGGAGAGUUGGCUAUAUUGUACAACUGUAAGAGAACUGCUACAGUGAAAGCUGUAUCCCAGGCUCAUAUCUGGGCUCUGGACCGUCAGACCUUCCAGAGUAUUAUGAUGAAGUCUACACAGGCCACACAAGAAGAGUACUUCAGCUUCCUACGCAGUGUAUCUCUGCUGAGAGACCUGCCAGGAGAGAAGCUUUCUAAAAUCGUUGACUGUCUAGAAAUUGACUAUUUUGACAAAGGAGAGUAUAUCAUUCGGGAGGGCGAAGAAGGGAACACUUUCUUCAUUAUAGCUAGAGGAGAGGUGUGUGUCACCCAGACCACAGAGGGAUGUACUGAGCCGCGGGAGAUAAAGACGCUGGGUGUGGGCGACUACUUUGGAGAAAAAGCCCUCAUAAGUGAGGAUGUGCGUUCAGCAAACAUCAUCUCUACUGAGAAUGACACACAGUGCUUGGUGGUGGACAGAGACAACUUCAACCAGAUGGUGGGCACUUAUGAGGAACUGCAGGCGUACCUGAAGGAAUAUGUCGAAGAGCUCUCCCGAUGUGACGAGAGGAGAAAUGCACUGCCCCAUACCCCCGUUAUCGACUCGUCCCCAGAGGCCCAGGAAGUGCAUCGGCUCAGGGAGAGGAUUGCUGUCCUCCCCACCCAUGACCCCUUCCAGGACCUGGAGAUCAUAGCCACACUGGGCAUGGGUGGGUUCGGCCGAGUAGAGCUGGUGAAACUGAGAGAUGAAGACACCACAUUUGCUCUGAAGUGUAUUAAAAAGAAGCACAUUUUGGACACGAGACAACAGGAACACAUCUACUCUGAGAGGAACAUCCUUCAGCUGACUAAGUCACACUUCAUAGUCAGGUUGUUUCGGACAUUCCGAGAUGACAGGUAUGUGUACUUGCUACUGGAAGUCUGCCUGGGUGGUGAGCUGUGGAGUGUACUACGAGACAUGAGUUUCUUUGAGGAGCAGACAGCCCGCUUCUGCAUUGCCUGUGUCCUGGAAGCCUUUGACUACCUCCACGCCAGGGGAAUCAUCUACAGAGACCUGAAACCUGAGAACCUACUACUGGAUGCAAAAGGCUAUGUCAAAAUGGCUGACUUUGGUUUUGCUAAGAGGAUAGGCCUGGGGAAGAAGACAUGGACAUUCUGUGGGACCCCAGAGUAUGUGGCCCCAGAGGUUAUCAUGAACAAGGGACAUGACUUUGGAGCUGACUGCUGGUCUCUAGGGAUCCUCAUCUUUGAGCUGCUGACUGGCAGCCCACCAUUUUCUGAAACUGACCCUAUAAAGAUCUACACCAUGGUCCUCCACGGGAUUGAAAAGGUUGACUUCCCCAAGAGGAUCAGCAAGCGCCCCGAUGACCUCAUCAGGAGACUCUGCAAGCUCAACCCUGUGGAUAGGCUUGGUAAUAAGAAGAACGGAAUCAUCGACAUUAAGAAACACAAGUGGUUCCAGGGCUUCAACGGGGAGGGGCUGAGAUGCCAGAAGCUAAUAUCCCCACUGAAGAGAGAACUGAAGGGGCCGAUGGACCACAGCCACUUUGACAUCUUUCCCCCAGAGCUGGAGGAGCCUCCAGAUGAGCUGUCAGGCUGGGACAAGGACUUCUGA